GCAUUUUUGCAGUGCCGGCGAUGGCACCCAGACGGUGGAGGACCAUGGGUCAGACAAGAACAAAGAUCACAUAUUCAAGAACAGCAGAAUGGGAGAGUAUAUUCUCCAAGUGCUGGAUUGGCUGGAGCAGCUACCGACAGACUAUUACCAGGAUGACGAUUUUAAGAGCAGCAAAGCAGGAGACUUCAUCACCCAUGUCCUGACCAACUGUGGAAAGCUGCCAGACGACUUCCAGAGCAUUAAAGACUUCACGUCUGGUGUGAGGAGCUCCAAACAAGGCCUUCCGCAGGAUGACAUUUACUACCGCAGCCACUACGCAAAAGACGAUCUCUCAGAUGCUCCGGAUGGUGAGGAUGAGAAGUUCCAGGUAAGUCCUCAAGUGUUCAUGACGGACUUCGUGACGAUCCUCGUGUUCAGCAGUCACCGCUUCAAGAAGCAAAACUUCAGAUAUCAUGUCGAUCUGGAGAAGAUUCAUCCGACUUUUCAGAACAGCCGGAGCUUUCUGCUGGCAGUGGACGAGGACACUUGCACGAGACAGCACUGGCAUAGCUCGUAUACUCUUUAA